GCGUGAUACCAGCAAAUUACUGAUACCUCUGCCAACAUGAAUUAAGGGCCUUGUAUUUAAUUGUGUAUGAACGACCCAGUGCUGAUUUCGAUCGAUAAAGAACUCAGGUGACUUGAUAUUUUGUUGCAGUUGUGAUUCCUGUCCGAGGCGUAGUAACUCAAAUGGCCCCGGGUGUUCUGGCAACAGAGUCUGUUCGAUCUGACAACGCCAUCCCUCGCUGGGAGAAGACACCAAAUGAUCAGGCUCCUCGGUCAAUUUUCCCCGACGGCGUUCGGACCAGUGGACAGCACGAGCCGUUAUUCGAUUUAAUAAGACCAUAUUCAGAGUUCCCAAGAAAGAUCACGGGGCCGACUGUGUGGAAGCGGGAAGACUAUGACGACAACAACACAGGGCGAUGGACACAUAUCUUCACCGACGACGAAAUUAAAGAGCUGGGGGAAACAGCAGAGCAAUUUAUCGAACGGAACAUACCGUUAACUGGAAUUUCGAAGUCUAACUUCCCUCUACCCAGACUCUCAAAACGGCUGGAAGACCUCCGCAAUGAUCUUAUCAAUGGCAAAGGCUUCAUUCUUUUCAAAAACUUCCCAGCAAAUGAGUGGGGCACUCUGAAGAGUGCUGUUGCCUACAUGGGUCUUGGCACAUAUUUCGGCUAUUUUCUGUCUCAAAAUGGCCGCGGGCACGUACUCGGCCAUGUUAAAGAUACUGGCGAAGAUGCGACCCAAAUCGACAAAGUCCGUAUCUAUCGCACUACUGCUCGUCAAUAUUUCCACACAGAUGAUGGGGACAUCGUUGGCCUGCUCUGCCUUCAUCGAGCAGCCGAGGGAGGCGAAAGCGAUAUAGUAUCCUCACACCACGUCUGGAACACAUUGCAAAAGGAGCAUCCAGAUGUUGCGGAACUACUGACAAAACCAAUUUGGUAUUUUGAUCGUAAGGGUGAAGUUAGUGACGGUCAGAAACCGUACAUCAGAGCCGCGGUGUUCUAUCUUGAAAGACCAACUGAAGGACGCGAGCCCAGAGUCUAUGCAAAAUGGGAUCCAUAUUUCAUACGAUCUAUGUGGCGCUUCUGGGAAGCUGGUACUGUUCCGCGACUCAGCGAUGAACAGGACAGGGCAAUGCGGAUCUUGGAAGAUACUUGUUAUAGACUGGCACUGCACAUGGUAUUGGAAGUUGGCGAUAUCCAGUUCUUGAGCAAUGCACAUGUGUUGCAUGCGAGAACAGCAUAUAAGGACUACCCGCCACCGGCUCCGAGAAGACAUCUUUUGCGGCUCUGGCUGAGUACACCAGAGGAUGAAGGUGGUUGGUCCUUGCCCAUGCCAGACGCCAAGGAGAAGAAGAGAGGUGGGAUUCAGGUGAAUGACACUGCGCCACGCGCUCCGCUUGACGCUGAAUAG